UUUGGACAAAACCAAAUUCUCAAUCCAAACUUCUCCAACUCUCCCACUAUUUCAACUCCACUUCCCUCCUAUUCUCUCACCUCUUUAAACUCACUUCAAUUCAACUUCAUCCCCCCACAAACCACAAACAAAAAAAUUCUUUCAAAUAAACCUCUUUAAUUAUUCGAUAUGAAAUCAAGAACAAGAAUGAAUCUUUUUUCAUAACACUUCAAACCCAGAAAGAAAAAAUGAAUCUUUUAUCAUAUUUUAUCAAAUUAGUCCUACUCACUACCUUAUUCACCUUAUCACAAUCAAAAAACUGCAACAACACUGACCAUAUCCUUAUCUCAAAGGCUUUUGCAUCUAUUUCCAACUUCAACAUAUCAUGGUUUCACUGCUCAAAUUUAUCAAUCUCAGAAAUCAACUUACCUUCAAAAAACCUCACUGGCUCUAUUUCAUGGAACUACUUAAAAAACUUAACUCAUCUUCAUACAAUCAACCUCUCCAACAACUCUCUUAAAGGCUACAUCCCAUCAUGGUUUUGGUCAACUCCAAGUUUGACCCAAGUCAACUUAGCAAACAACAAACUUGGUGGCACAAUUGGGUUUGAAUCAGGGUCAGGUUUAUCUUCAAUCCAAAUCCUAAAUCUUUCUUUUAAUAGGUUUACUAACUUAGCCCAUCUAUCAAAUUUCUCAAACCUUUCUUUUCUUGAUAUGUCACACAACAAUUUACAUCUUUUACCAUUUGGUCUUAACUCACUUACAAAAUUACAACACCUUGAUCUUUCGAGUUGUAACAUUUCUAGUCCUUCUAAACCAAUCUCAAAUUUAAAUUCACUAGAGUAUUUAGAUAUUUCAAAUAAUCACAUGAGUGGCAUAUUUCCAAAAGAUUUCCCUUCACUUACCAAAAUAAAUUUUUUAAAUAUAUCUUUUAAUAACUUCACUGGUUCAUUACCUUAUGAAAAUGUCCAAAAAUUUGGUAACAAAUCUUUUAUCAAUUCUGGCAUGUUAAUCAAAAUUCCAAAUAUAACAAAAAAUCAUACUACCCAUCAUACACCAAAAAUGUCAUCACAUAUCAAACCACCCAAUAAUCUUUCUAAUCAUAGUAGCCCAAAAAAUCCUAAACUGGUUACAAAAGUGAAAAAACCCGGUUCAAAAAAAAGGACGGUUUUUAUAAUAAUGAUCUCUUUAGCAUCAUUUUUGGUUUUGUUAUCAAUGGUUACAUGUAUAUAUUGCAUGGCUAAAAAAAGAAAAAUGACCAAAAGAAACAAAUGGGCUAUAUCUAAACCGGUUAAUAACCAAAACCAACCAUUUAAGAUAGAAAAAUCCGGUCCAUUUUCAUUUGAAACAGAGUCCGGUUCAUCAUGGGUAGUGGAUGUACGUGAACCAUCAAGUGCACCAGUAGUAAUGUUUGAGAAGCCUUUGAUGAGUUUUACAUUUAAGGAUUUGAUGGGUGCCACGUCACAGUUUGGGAAAGAAUCCUUGUUGGCAGAAGGAAGGUGUGGGCCAGUGUAUAGAGCUGUGUUGCCAGGUGAGAUCCACGUGGCAGUCAAAGUGUUGGAGAAUGCUAGAGGGAUGAGUCAUCAUGAAGCUGUUUGUAUGUUUGAAGAGCUUUCGAAACUUAAACAUCCAAAUUUGUUGCCUAUUUCUGGUUACUGCAUUGCAGGUAAAGAAAAACUCGUCUUGUAUGAGUUUAUGGCCAACGGUGAUCUUCAUCGUUGGCUACAAGAACUACCAACUGGCAAAACUGACAUCGAAGAUUGGAGCACUGACACAUGGGAACACCCCGUUGACUCAUCAUCACCAGAAAAAAUGGAAUGGCGGACACGUCACAACAUUGCAGUCGGUAUAGCUCGUGGCCUAGCCUAUCUUCACCAUGCGCAAUCGACGCCAAUAGUACACGGCCACUUGGUCCCAUCCAACAUUCUCCUAUCUGAUAACCUAGAUCCACGAAUAGCUGACAUCGGUUUGACUCGUGACCGAGUCAACCCACAAACCACCGACUCCGAUGUGUACAGUUUCGGAGUCGUUUUAAUAGAGUUGUUAACGGGUGAAACAGGGUCGGAUGAAACAGUAUCAAAAGCGCGGAAAUUGGUUAGAGAAGGAAGAGGGGUCGAUGCGUUGGACUCGAGGUUGCGACUCGGUGACAAUUCAGUGAGUGAGAUGGUUGAGUGUCUCCGAGUUGGGUAUUUGUGUACAGCCGAGACACCUGGGAAAAGACCAACAAUGCAACAAGUUUUAGGCAUGUUGAAAGACAUACAUCCCAUCACUGUGGAGUUUAACUGACCCUCUUUUACUUUUUAACUGUGUUAUGUCACAACUUUAAGCCAACUUUUAUUGUGGAAAUCACCACAAUCCAGAGGUAAUAUUAUUACUGAACCAUAGAAAGCUUGUGUUUUGUUGGGUUGUAUAUUGUAUCAUUGUGUAUGUAAUUUUUGUAAGAGUUUUUGGAUCUGGUC